AUGCAUCUGCUCUUGCUGUUUUUCACGGCGUGUUGUGCUCUUGAACAACACCCUGUUAUUGAGUUCCCGAAAUCCUUUAUAUUUGGGGUCAGCAGUUCUGCCUUGCCUACAGAGGGAGCCUGGGACCGGGACGGAAAAGGGCCCAGUAUCUGGGACUCAUUCGCCAGGAAAUGGGCAAAUAUCGACGGAGGCGGUGACGCAGAGAUUGCUGCCGACGGCUACCAAAAUGUGAAGACCGAUGUGCAGCUGCUGAAAUCCCUCGGCGUCUCCCAUUACAAGUUCUCCCUGUCGUGGCCACGAAUUCUCCCAACUGGAACUACUGAACGUGUUAACGAUAAAGGCGUGGCCUACUACAACGAGCUAAUCGACGAACUGUUAGCUUAUGGUAUCCAGCCUUUCAUAACACUUCAUCACUGGGACCUACCCCAGCAGCUGCAGAACCUCGGUGGUUGGGCGAAUGACUCAUCGGUCACGUGGUUCAAGGAGUAUGCUGACUUGUGUUUCAAGACUUUUGGUGACAGGGUAAAGACGUGGAUAACUAUUGAGGAUCCCGUGUCCCUGGCCUACAAAGGUUACGAAACUGGCGAGCACGCCCCAGGUUUAAAAAACCCAGACCUAGUGUAUCCUGUUGGGCAUAACCUGAUUCGGGCUCACGCCGAGGCUUAUAUAAUCUACAGAGACACUUACAAGGCUUCCCAAAAUGGACAAGUAGGAAUUGCCCUACACUCUGACUGGUACGUUCCCAAAACCAAUUCUUCGGCUGACGUCGAUGCUGCCUUCAGAGCUCUAACUUUCCAUCUGGGCUGGAUGGCGGAUCCACUGUUCAAGGGCGACUACCCAACUUUGAUGAAGUCGUACGAUAAUCAGAAGCAAUUCAAAAAAGGGGAAGAAAGCCUGUCCCUUCCAAACUUUAGUGGAUCCGAGAAGGCUCGAAUUAAAGGCGCUCUGGACUUUCUGGCUUUAAGCCACUUCAAGACAAAGCUGGUAUCCCAUAAAGCCAACACGGGCAAGGGGUUUUUGAAAGUUCAAAACGUACUGCUGGAGGUCGAUAAAUCUUAUCCCAAAUUGGAGUACCGUCCGGAGACAAACCCAGACAGUGAUAAACGUCUGAUGGGAUUCGGUCUGAAGGAUCUUCUAGUUUACCUGACCAAAACAUACAACAAUCCUGCCAUUUAUGUGACAGCAAAUGGGCUGGAGACUUGUGGGACACUGCAAGAUCAAGACAGGAUAGACUAUAUCAGAGACUACAGCAACAAUGUCUUACAAGCUAUCACUGCAGAAAGUGACGUUAGAGGAUAUUUCGUGCAGUCCCUGGUUGAUGGAUUUUCCUGGGACCAAGGAUACACCACUAAGACGGGUCUUUACUUUGUGGAUAUGGGUACACCAGGCAGAACCCGCUAUCCACGUUCCUCUGCCACGUUUUACCGUAUGCUGGUUGCAAAAAGGCGCUUUGAUGACCAGCUUGUCAACUUCAGAGCCUUCCCCAAAGAACGUGACGAGUUCUAUAAGGGUCUUUUCCCUAGCAACUUUCUGUGGGGUACGGCCACUUCUGACUAUCAGACUGAAGGCGGAUGGCGUGAUGAUGGAAAGGGCCUCAGUAUCUGGGACACGUUCGCUCACAAUAAACACAUCACAGGUAACCAAACCGGAGACGUUGCAUGCGACAGCUACCGCCUCUACCAGGAGGAUGUCAAGUUACUGGAGAACUUGGGGGUUAAUUUCUACCGUUUCUCCAUCGCCUGGACUCGAAUAAUGCCAAAUGGGACAAGAGACAACAUAAACCAAGCGGGCAUUGAUCACUAUAACCAUCUCAUUGAUGACCUGCUGGCUAAGGACAUCAUCCCCAUGGUGACACUAUAUCACUGGGAUCUCCCUCAAGCACUCCAGGACUCCGGCGGGUGGACAAACAGAAGCAUUGGUGAACAUUUUCGGGGAAUACGCCAGAGUUUGUUUUCAGCAUUUUGGAAACAGGGUGAAGCACUGGGUCACCUUCAACGAACCCUAUGUGUUUACAGUCUUCGGCUACGAUGUGGGUUUCCACCCUCCUGGAAAAACCAGACCUGGGGUUGCUGUUUAUCAAGCUGCCCACAAUGUACUCCGCUCCCACGCAAAAGCUUACCACAUCUACAAGAGCAGUUUCAAGAGCAGUCAGAAAGGUGUGGUCGGCAUCAACUUGUACGCUGA